AUGAACCGAGAUUUUGUGUACGACCACCAAGAUCGGUCGUCGUCGGCGUGGACCCGAGCUGGUAGUACCCUAAACAAAUGGCUUUGGGGCGCUUUGUGCUGUGGGGUACCUGGCAUCCCCUGCUACUUCUGUACUUGCUGUGAAAAGUCUGAAGAUGAUAGGGAUCGUCCAAGAAAGGAACCGGUACAGCAGAGCGAAUAUCUAGACCUCACCGGCCUCACGCCCCUCGUAGCAGAAAAUCUACCCCAGAAAUGCUUUCCGCCGUCCGCUGUGCCCUAUCCCAGUUGCAAGGGGAGCCCGCGCCCCCUUUACCCAGUGCAGACUCUAAAAGGUGUACCCCAGAACCUGGUUGAAAAUAUUUUGAAGAAAAGAAGUCUUAUCAACAAGGCUUUCCACUUUGUAUCGUACUCACUACCUGACAGUGUCGCGUGUAAUCUUGCAAUCAAAGGUGUUAUUUGUGUUGUGUUUAUUUACGUUUUUAAAAACCAGCGUAGUCUCCGUUUUACAUCAAAAGUGAACAUGUCAGCGUUAAUAAUAGCAGUUUGCGCGUUGCUGUCUGUUGUUUUAGCAGAACAGCCGAAAGAACUAAAAGCUGUAGCAUUCCUCACAGAACCAUACAGAAGGAAUGAAAUCAACGGAAACCUAACGUUUACACAAUUAGAUGCUAACAAGGUUCGCGUCGAAGGUGUUAUAGUUGGUUUGCCAGCGGGCCAGUAUGGCUUCCACAUUCAUGAGAAAGGUGAUCUUUCUGGAGGUUGUGCCACUGCAGGACCUCACUUUAACCCUGAGAAGAAACAACAUGGCCACCCUAACGAUGAAAACCGGCACGUCGGUGACCUUGGUAACGUGGUCUUCGACGAGAAUGCAGUUGCUCGAAUUGACUUCGUAGACAGCAAGCUGUCUUUGUAUGGGCCUCACAGUAUUCUUGGUAGAGCUGUGGUCUUGCACGAGAGCGACGACGACUAUGGCAGGACAGAUCAUCCCGAUUCGAAGACAACUGGAAACGCGGGCGGCCGUGCUGCUUGCGGCGUGGUCGGAUUAGUUGAUCCUGUUUAUGGAUGGGAAACGUCAGCUGCAUCAUCUGUAACCAUAUCCACGAUGAUCGCCGCCAUAACCAUAACACUAAGUUUUCUAUACUAA